UGGAGGAGUAGAACUAUUGUUCAAUAAUGUCAGACAAAAAAUUAUAGAAAUACCUUCAAGAAUUAAUCUACCAAAACCUACUACUAUGGAAGAUUUGAUUUUAUGGAUUAAAGAUAAUUUACUCCAAGAGCGGUCUGAGUUAUUUGUUAGUGGUAAUACAGUUCGACCUGGUAUUUUAGUUUUAAUUAAUGAUACAGAUUGGGAACUAGAAGGAGAAUUAGAAUAUGAAAUUAAAGAUAACGACGAUAUCGUUUUUAUAUCAACUUUACAUGGUGGUUAA